CGGAGAUGCCGAAAGCGCGGCCACGAUGAGCCGGACUGUACAGGAGCGCGAGCGAGACCGGGAUUGACGGGAGGCGACGAAUGUGAUGUCUGCGGAGAGCUGGGACACGUGGAGGAGGAGUGUGGUGGAUUGUGGUGUACCGUGCCGCCAAAAGUGGCGAGAGAGAGGAUGCAGGUUGGGGAGAAGCGGGAGGUGGAUGCAGGGAUUAGGAGUUGUGUUUACUGUGCAAGCGAUGAGCAUUGGGGUGAUCAGUGUUCCGAGAAAGACAGGGCGGGGCGGGAUGUGCCGGGUACGUGGAAGAGAAGGGAGAUGGUUGAGAAGGAGGAGGCGCAGGAAGAGGAAGAGGUCCCGCCGGCGAGGAACUGGCAGAGGGCGAUGUUUGAUGAUUUUGCGGACUUUUGAACGGAUGAGGACUAUGGCUCGAGAUCGGACCGCG